AUGCCAACAAGUCGACUACUAGCAUACUUCAACCUGGUUAACAAUGAUGAACAUGCUAAACUACCUAAGGGUCAAGGUAACAAGCUUUACUAUAUCGACGGGAAAGCAGGAUGCGGUAAAACAUAUACACUCAACGCUUUGAUUCAACUACUGGAAGCGGAUGGCAAAAAAGUACUAUCAACAGCUUCCACUGGCAUAGCCGCUACAUUAUUGAAACAUGGAAGAACGGCACAUAGUCUUUUUUGCCUUCCAAUAAAACGGCUUCAUGAGUUGAACGCAUCUCGCUAUGCUUUGGAGUGUGUCGAGCGACUUUUGCGAGAUGUUGCUGCUCCUUCUUUGGCUCAUGCUCUUUUUGGAGGAGUUACUAUUAUUCUAGGAGGAGAUUGGUGCCAGUUCCUGCCAGUUAUACAAGGUGGUACAAGACAAGAAACACUAGAUACCACUUGCAAAAGCAGUCAUCUUUGGAAGCACUUCAUUACUUUUAUGCUCGAUGAAAAUCUUAGGCUAGAUAAAAGCGAGAUAGACUAUGCACGAUGGCUUCUUUUCGUGGGCGCCGGGAAGAACUACUGCGACGAUGAAAAUAUUUUGUUGCCAUUAAGUAUGUGCAUGACUAACGAAGAUGACAUCAUUAACUGGAUUUACACACCUGAGGUACUGGCCGAUUCCUCCAUGCUCGCGAAGGUUGCGCUGUUGACUGUACGCAACUGCGAUGUCGAAGAAUUGAACAUCAAAGUCUUGAAAAAACUUCCUGGGACGGCCCUGUACUUGACCGGGAUUGAUACACCCUCCGUGGAAGAGGAUGGCUUAAGUGGGCUCCCAUGUGACAAUGAAGAGUACUUUCAUAAGUUAAUGCCAGCAGCGCUGCCACCACAUUCACUUCGUAUCAAGAUUGGAUCAAUAAUUAUGCUACUGAGAAAUCUAGAUGUGACAGCACAAUUGUGCAACGGUACGAGGCUUAUUCUGCUUUCGAUUUUGAACGACGGAAAGCUUCUUGUAUGCAAGAAUCUAAUCAAUGGUAAAAUUGCAUUCAUACAAAGAAUGAACCUUGAUUACACGAAUGAAAAGACUGGCAUUUCUUUUCGUAGACUCCAGUUUCCUAUUAGAUUAGCUUUUUGCAUGACUAUAAAUAAAAGUCAAGGACAGACCUUCGACAAAGUUGGUGUAAUUUUGCGUACACCAUCAUUUGCACAUGGCAGCACAUAUGUUGCAUUGUCGAGAUGUACGACUAGCCACGGCAUAAAGGUUACGCGAAAUUGGUCAGACGCAGUUCCUCUUGCGCCGAAGAUAAGGAAUGUUGUUUACGAUGAGAUAACGAAUUCCUAA